ACUAUAUAAGUGGAGCAGAACAGAGGAAGUACGAUGUCUAGAGCUAGGGUUCGUUUCUUUUGAACUUACCUUUAAUGAAUGUCGUUACCUGUCUUCUCCAAACCUGCCCGGACUUUCUCACUCUUCACUCUCAUCCACAGAGCUCGCACAUGGAAGGAGGGAGGGAGAUAGAGAGUGUGCAGAAAAUGCAGCUCAUUCAUCCUCACGACCACCCUCUUUGCGCUUACUGAAUAGCCUCGAGUACUUGGUCUCUUUCCAUUUCUUGAAAGAAUUUCUUCUUCUUCUUCUUCUCAUUUUCUUGAAACAUGCAAGUGCGCAAGACCCUCCUGGUUGCGCUCACCAUUGUCGCCUCAUUCUUGUUCCCCGUCACGGAGCAAGACCUUGCCUCGGACAGAAAUGCGCUUCUUGCCCUGAGAUCUUCGGUCGGUGGCCGUACGCUCCUCUGGGAUGCGAAGCAGCAAAGCCCCUGUUCUUGGGCAGGGGUCCAAUGCGAGUCCGGCCGAGUUGCGUCUCUUCGCUUUCCCGGAGCUUCGCUCUCUGGUCGAAUCCCGGUCGGCAUUCUCGGCAAUCUGACGCAGCUCAGGACACUCUCGCUCCGGCUCAACACGCUCGCUGGCCAAAUCCCUCCAGAUCUCGCUUCUUGCACCGGCUUGCGCAACUUGUACUUGCAAGGUAAUCGGUUCUCAGGCCCUAUCCCUGAGUCUCUGUUGGGUCUACGCGAGCUCGCGAGGCUCAAUCUUGCCUCCAACAUUCUCUCUGGGGAAAUUUCUCAGAGUUUCAACAACUUGACUAGGCUCAGGACUCUUUUCCUCGAGGACAACUUGCUCUCUGGGUCGAUUCCUGCCGAGCUGAGCCUGCCAAAGCUCGAGCAGUUCAAUGUUUCAAAUAAUUUGCUUAGUGGCUCAAUUCCUGAUGGUUUACACAAGUUUAGUUCGGCUUCGUUUCUGGGUAAUUCAUUAUGUGGAAAACCACUCGUUUCAUGCUCGAAGGAUGUCACAGUGCCUAGUAUGGGACCUAGCGGGGGUGAGAGUGGUGAAGGCGGCAAAAGGAAGAAGCUUUCUGGCUCUGCUGUUGCCGGCAUUGCCAUCGGCUGCGUGUUCGCUUUCAUAUUCAUUGUCAUAUUGGUGAUAUUCUUGUGCCGCAAGAGAGGUAGCAAGAGGACGAGGUCGAUUGACAUGGCAGUGCUUAAGCAACAAGAGAUGGUGCUUCAGGGCGAAAAGGCAUCUGGGGAUGCUGAUACUGGCGAAUAUUCGGUGGCUGCUGCUGCUGCGGCUGCAUUGACUGUAGGGACCAGAAGGAAAGAAGCAAAUGGCGGUGGGGCGAAGAAACUUGUUUUCUUUGGGAAAACAGCGAAGGCAUUUGAUUUGGAGGACUUGCUGAGGGCAUCGGCGGAAGUCUUGGGGAAAGGGACAUUCGGGACGGCUUACAAGGCGGUCCUGGAGAUGGGAAACAUGGUUGCGGUGAAGAGGCUCAAGGAUGUGAACAUUUCUGCAGGGGAAUUCAAGGACAAGAUUGAAGCCGUGGGAGCAAUGGAUCAUGAGAAUUUGGUGCCUCUCCGGGCUUACUAUUACAGCAACGACGAAAAGCUUCUGGUCUACGAUUACAUGCCGAUGGGAAGCCUAUCUGCUCAAUUACACGGAAACAGAGGGGCAGGAAGAACUCCAUUGAACUGGGAAUUACGCGCCAGCAUUGCCCUAGGUGUUGCCCACGGCAUCGAAUACCUUCAUUCUCAAGGACCUUAUGUAUCUCACGGAAACAUUAAAUCUUCUAAUGUUCUCCUCACCAAAUCCUACAAUGCUCGCCUCUCCGAUUUUGGCCUGGCUCACAUUGUCGGCCCCUCAGUUGCUCCCACCCGUGUCGCUGGCUAUCGUGCACCAGAAGUCACAGACCCUCGCAGAGUAUCCCAGAAGGCUGAUGUCUAUAGCUUCGGCGUUUUGCUCUUGGAGCUUUUAACUGGGAAAGCCCCGGCCAAUUCUGUCUUAAACGAAGAAGGCAUCGACCUUCCAAGAUGGGUUCAGUCAGUGGUCCGCGAGGAAUGGAGCUCGGAGGUUUUCGAUCUCGAGCUCCUAAGGUACCAGAACGCAGAGGAGGAGAUGGUCGAGCUCCUGCAGGUGGCCAUGGAUUGUGCGGCUCAGUAUCCUGACCAGCGCCCUUCCAUGCCGGAAGUGAGGAGGCGAAUUGAAGAGUUGUCUCGGCGUAGCUUGCCCGUUCAUGGACCGCGGUCUGAUCAGGUCAACGAUGUGGAGGUCGUGACUUCUCAAUGAAUCGCUCAGGUCUCGCCACUGCCAGAAACCAGGAUGUGUGGUACUUAAUGCCCCCUGAUCAGCGUGUCAACAUAUUCUUCUUAGGUUGUAAGAAAAAGCUGAUCUUUACGCCUGCAUUUUCUUGAGAAGAACAUUUACCUCUCCCCUAAUUCACCUCAGGUCUAGUCUAUUGUUUUUUUCAGUGCUUCACUUGUGGGAUAUCAUGGGUCUUGUAAUUACGACUUCCGCAUUUGCUUCCGAUGAUGCAAAUCCUUG